UGUUAUUACAUCGUAGAUAUUUCUACGGAUAACCGCGAGACAGAUGAGUUUCGUCUUCUGAGAGACCUGUUUAAUCACUACGAUAAAGAAGCCAGGCCAGUUUACAACGUUUCCGAUGUUGUGAAUGUUGAAUUUAGUUUGAGCUUAAUACAAAUAAUCUCAGUGGUAAGUUGUUCCUUAAAAAAGCCUUUCCAACCAUUCAGACCCUAACGUUGUCUUGAAUUGAAGCAUGGUUAAUUAGAGCUAAAGGUUUAUUGGAGGAGGGGAAAGAAGUUACUUCUCCACUUGCAAAACUUCUCAGAUUCAAGAUCAUAUUAAAAGCCAUGAGCCAAAAAUAGUAAUAGUUAUGGAAUAUUAAGGGAACCUGGCGACUAUACUUAAAAAAACAUGACCAAAUUAAUGGUCAAAAGAGCGGCCAUGUCAGUGAUAACAGAUGAGGCAAGAAUUAAAGUAAGCGGCUGUCGGUGAAAGACAUUCGGAUCGUCGCUUUCAAGGUGAUUUAAAAGAUAUGCAAAAGGAGGUGAUGACUUAGAAACCAGCAUAUUCAAUUUGCAAGGUGUCCUAAAUUAAAUGUCAACAAGAGCUUUGUGCUCACGUUAACUUGAGAGGCAGGGAAGCAGAAAUUAAUACUAGUGGCUAGUUUUAUAGACUCUAACUCCGUUUUCCUGUAUUUUUUGUUCCCAGAACAGUAAGUCACAGCUUUUGACUCUUAACGUCUGGAUUCGUCAGGUAAGGCUGAUGCUCUCCACUGUCAAGGGCUACUGCCCCUGAUAUAGGACAAGUUCUUUUCAGCUUUGCGUUUACAGCUAUUUCGAGAAAGGUUGUCAGAAAAAGUGCACGCGACAAUCCCGAAAGGCAUUGUGGGUGGUUUUAAGUUGACUGUUCUUUAAAGAAAUUUGAAAGAAUUGGUACGAAAGGCCCUUGAAAUGUGUUUGCGAGUGUUAAAGGAAAGUAACAAAAGUAGGUUCGACAGGUACAUUCGUCAGAAACAGUGUAUUGAUCAUAUCCCAUAGUACCUUAAUUUCGGGAUUGUCGCGUGCACAUUUUUCCGACAACCUCUCUCGAAAUAGCUGUAUAUGGACCAAGUACGGUCGAGUCCGGCCUGGUCCGUGAAGGACUUAAAAUUAUCAUAUGACCAAAAGAUUAUUUCUCGGGGGACCAAAUCGGUUAACCCCGACUGGGGAAAGUAGGCCCACCUUGAAUAUACUACUUGGGUGGACAAUAAGCACUCACCGUUCGCUUCUACCUAGCCAGCCAUUACCAGUACUAUUUUAAGUUUAAAUUUACGGACUGACAAGGUUUCCCAGUCGGUUUGAGGCGUUAUUCUCAAUGAUAAUAUCAGUAUUGUGAUGAUAGAGAUUUCCUAACUAGAACUAAAAGUUUAGUUAGACGUAACACGAGCGGUCUAUAAAAUCGGGCCUGAUUAACUUAGUGCCUUCGCUUUAAUAUGUGGGUCUUUGCAUACAUUUCCAAAUAGCGACAGAUCAGGGUCGGCCAGGGGGGGUAGUGGUAUACCAGUAUACCCGAAAAAAAUUCGCCAAAAUACCCCAAAAUACCCAAAAUUCAUCCAAAUAUACCCAAAAUUUUACCCAGGUAUACUUUAUACCUGAAAUUCAAAGAAAGUGAUAUACCGAAUACCCGUAUUUAAGCUGCAAUAUACCUUAUACCCGAGUUAAAAAGCCCUUGUAUACUGUAUACCCAAAAACCCUGGCCGACCCUGAUAGAUUCUUUUGUUUGAACUUCGCCUCUUUGUUUGCCAUUUAUGAACGUAAUAUAACAAGAGAGAAUGAUCUACUUUAAGAGAAAUUGAUGUCAAGAUAAUCAGUGAAUUUUAUUUAUGCACUCCACAGAAAUGGAAGAAUCCAAUUUUGGGGUGGAACAAAACGCGUUACGGAGAAAUUAAAUCAGUGAAUGUGGAACCUACUAAAGUUUGGAUUCCUGAUGUCAUACUCUACAACAAGUGAGUGUUUAUCGUUAAUGUGUUCUCACUUUAAUUUGCUCAUUUUUGCCUGUAUGGCGAGGGCUUUACCGAUUGGAAGCGGCUGCAAAAAUGAUGAACCAAACCAAUUACGCGCUGAUUACACCUCUCUUAUUUCUGUACUGUGCCUUUAAGUUGAAGAGAUUUUUUAAAAAUUUGACCCUGUCUCCUCUCGUAUUGAUAGGGAAAGUCAGCACGAAUCACAUCCCCCCGCCCCUUCGUCGCGAGAGGUCGUCCGUUCUCCUUUCUGACAAUAAUACUUGGAACAACAUUUUAAAAAUCUUUUUAUCUAUUUUACUGAUUAUGUUUUUUUGUUUAUUUACUACAGUGCGGAUGAUAGUUAUGGCGGUGGACUCGAGAAAUACAAGACAUCGGUCGUUUUGCACUUUAACGGGUACAACGAAUGGAAUGCACCAGCCUCCUUUACAAGCACCUGUAAGAUCAAUGUAGCAAAUUUUCCAUUCGAUAAGCAAAACUGCUCGUUAAAGUUCGGCUCAUGGACUUUCCAAGGUGACCGCUUAACAAUGACAUCGUCGGAGACAUCAGCAGAUCUCAACAUGUACAUGCAAAAUGGCGAGUGGAAUCUUCUUGCAAUGCCGUCCAAAUUAAACAAGGUGUAUUAUAACUGCUGCCCUCAUCCAUAUUUCGACGUUACGUUGGACUUGAUUAUCCAGCGCAAGCCAUUAUAUUAUGUAUUUAAUUUGAUCCUUCCGUGCGCACUGAUUUCCACACUGACGCUUAUACUAUUUUUUCUUCCGCCGGAAUCUGGAGAAAAAGUUGGUUUGGGGAUUACUGUUCUGUUGGCCAUGACUGUUUUUCUGUUGUUAGUUGCUGAAACACUUCCAGCAACUUCAGAUGACGUCCCAUUGUUGGGUCAAUAUUUUAUUGCAACCAUGUUUGUUACUGCAAUGUCAUUAGUCAGCACUUGCACCAUAUUAAACUUUUACCACCGAAGUCCCUCGACUUCUCCAAUGCCUCGCUGGGUCCGUGUGAUCAUCCUUGGUUACAUGGCAAAGGUGCUGUGUUUCAAAAUGGAAACAGAGGAAGAAAUUAAAAUGACUCCUAAGAUCAGAAGAAGGAGAAUAGAAUUCAACGUGGAUGGUGACAUAGGACUCGAUGACAACGAUUACAUGACCCUUCCCGAGAGCCCACGAAAAUUUCGCGACGACAUGUCGAUUAUCUCACAAAGCGGCCGAAGUACUCCGAGCAGACGAAGCUUUCGCAGCAUGAGUAUCGUAGGCGGUCAAAGUUCCUUCACUGAGCGGCUCCUUGAGGAUAUCAAUACCCUAGCAGAGGAUGUGCGAGCAAAACAAGAAGAUGAAAGGCAGAGAGAAGAAUGGCGGAUUGCGGCGCUUAUUUUGGAUCGAAUGUUUUUCUGGUUGUUCUUGAGCCUUACAGCGUUAACAACUUUUUUAAUAUUCUACAGAGAUUCCGUCAUGCAGUAA